AUGGGUCCUCUUACCACCACUCUGGCCGUGCUGUUGGCCGGCGCCAGCACAGCUUCUGGCACCGUCUUCUCCUUAACGGAGACGUACGAUGUGACCAACUUCUUUGAAAAGUUUGAGUUCUUCGAGAGCAAGUUCGGCACCGGGAACUCCAAUGCACAAGAUCCCAACGGGGGUUUUGUCAACUACAAGAGCCGCGAUGCCGCCAUUGCAAGUGGUCUCGUCAGCAAUGACACGGGUGACGUCUACAUUGGUGUCGACUCUGUGAACAAAUGGUGGUCCCCGGACGGCCGCCCCAGCAUCCGUCUCGAGUCAAAGAAUGACUACACCAAGGGUCUCUUCAUUGCUCGCUUCAACCACCUGCCCAAGACAGCUUGCGGUGCGUGGCCAGCAUUCUGGACUUACAGCAAGGUUGGCGAUUGGCCCGAUGGUGGUGAGAUUGACAUCUACGAGAACUGGAACCUGGCUACCUAUAAUCGCCCUACAGUCCACACUGGCGACAUGGGUGUAGUCGGUCGCUGCAAGAUAGAAUCACCCGGUGUCACUGGUUCGCUUCUGCGAUCUGACUGCUCCCAUGAACAAUACAACCUGGGCUGCAAUGUCAUGGAUACUAAAGGACCAUGGGGCUCCUCCGUGGGCGGUGUUUAUGCCAUGGAGUGGACCGACAGCUACAUUCGCAUCUUUACCUGGGCACCAGCCGAUGCUCCUAGCAACAUCGACUCGGCGCACCCUGAUACUGCCGCCUGGGGCAAGCCUGUCAUGGAGCUUCGCGACGGCCCCUGCAACCUCAAGAGACAGUUUGCUCCCCAAAAGCUCAUUCUCAAUAUUGACUUUUGCGGUUCCGCUGCUGGUCAGCCUAAAAUCUGGGGGGAGGAAUGCCAGGCCUUGACUGGUGAGACGGAGUGCUACGACUACGUACGCAACAAUCCUGGGGCGUACAAGGACGUCUACUGGAGGGUCAAGGAUAUCCGCUACUUUGAGGAGGGCUCCAAGCCGGAUCCUACCUCGUCGUCAACCACGACAACAUCCACGUCUAGCACGACCAGCGUCACGACAUCCUCGUCAGUAUCUUCCUCGGCCAAUUCCACUUUUACUUCUAACUCUUCCAGCAGCGGCCCUAGCUCAAGCUCCAAUAGCUCAUCAACCACCGUGCCAACCUCGUUGUCCUCGGUGAUUUCUUCUGUUGCCACCUUCUUCCCCAACUCUUCUGUUACUUCAACCUCAUCUUCUGCUGUUUCUAUCACUACCAGCAGCUCAUCCUCGUCGGGCUCGUCCGCUCAUCUGACCACGUCGUCGCAGGAGUGGACGACCUCAACCGUCUACACGACGCGAACCUACACAAUCACCAGCUGUGCCCCCACCGUCACCAAUUGCCCCGGCAAAGGCCACGUCGUGACCGAGACGAUUCCGCUGUACACCACAGUGUGCCUCGUGACCCCUACGGCUACAACUACAGCUACAGCCACUUCAUCGCAUUCGGUCAGCGCUCCCGGCCAGCCCGAGACCAGCAUCACCAAGGUGACCAAGACCUACACCAUCACCAGCUGUGCCCCGACCGUCACCAACUGCCCCGUCGGCAGGGUCACUACCGAGGUCGUUACCAGCACCAUCUGCCCGGAAUGUACCACCAACAAUACCAAGAAGCCCAGCACAUCCGCCGCCGACACGGGCUGCCAUGGUGACAACUGCGCUUCGGGCGUUGCCCUGCUGAUUGAGCAAUCCGCGAGCAUCAUUGCUCCCUCAUCAUCAGUCGCCACGGCCUCCAGCAGCAUCCAGCAGCUGCCAUCUACCAGUGUGUCCACUGGCAAGUCCGGCGCCGUCACGUCGGCACCAUCUCCGGUCGCUUCGACAGGCAUUGCCUCGUCCGGCACCCACCAGCCAACCACCAGCAAGCCUACCGGCAGCCAGAGCCAGGUCCCUGUGACUGCUCUUGCCAGCCCAAGCAAGUCUGUAUCUAAAGCAGUCGCUCUGCUCGCGGGUACGCUGUUCGCCGCUCUCUUCUUGUAG